GAAUUUGGAAAUAGGAAGAAAAUGUGCGACAUCGCUGAUAAGGAAGCUAGAUUUUGCUAUCAUGAUGACAAUGAGAAACGGUGUUGUGAAAGCUGCAAACGUCACCGAACCGGAGUCAAAGGGUGCGAAUUCGGCGAUCGACUUCCUGACUGCAACCAACGUCGGUGUCCCGACUAUAAUUAUGCCGUCCAGUGUUGUAAGACGUGUGCACAGACAAAGGAAAAGGUCACUUCACUAGUUCCAGCAUCCCCAACACCCUCACAGAGCGUUGUAUUCUUCGUAGAUCAUACACAUGUUAAGGGAGACAGUAGUGUCACAACAUUGUCAGAAAAUGUUCCGUCCAGCGUACUUCCAACAUUAUCAUCACCUUUAAGGCAUAACAGAAGAAAUCAGGACAAUACACUUAUUGUACAAAGGGAAUUAGAAGUUGACAGUGAUGCAGACAUUCCAGUGUCAGCCUUAUCACAGAACAUCGGAACAAUGAAACCUUUAGUCGAAAUGCAGGUCGCACAUAACGCCAAACAAUUUAAAUCACAAGGACCUCUCAUACCCCAAAGUAAGGUUGACAGCAAGGUAAGGCCAACACUUCGCCCAAAUACGAAACCUUCAACUAGAACAACGGAACCAUUCAGACGUUCAUCAACGUCAACUUCGCAGGGGAAACGGAAACAGAAAUUUAAAAAACAGCAAAAGAUACAAAGACGACAACAACCAUCAGUUAAAUCACGGAAUCGAAAUCGGCGUUUAAAUAUAAAACCUUCCCCAAAAUAUAACCAACGGAAGAAAAGCAACACCUCAAGACACUCGCGUUUGAUGACAACAACAUUCCGAACAAAAACAAACUUACACCCAGCGAAAAGAAUAAAAAACAAGUUCACAUAUCCAACAAAGAAAUGCGUCAAACCCGAAGCGACUUUUAUGUCACUGAAGUGUCGAUGGUUGGUUCGACUGAUGAAAGGCCUUUGUUCCAAUGCUUUGCUGGGAAGUAUUUGUUGUAAGCCAUGCACACCUUCAAAGAAAAAAGAAUUCGUAUGUAAAGAUCAGCAAGGGUGCAUAGCUAAAACUGGAGCUCACUGCUACAAUGAUAUAGUUCGUUACAAAUGCUGCGCCACGUGUAAACGGUUCGAAACGGGUUACGCAGAUUGCCGAUAUGGUGACCGAGAGAGCCAUUGUAGCCUGUUUAUGCAUUACAUGCCUGCAUACACUUGUGGUGCCUUCAAACAAAAAUGCUGCAUGUCAUGUCAAAGUAACACUGCACCAAUAACAACAAUUACACCGAGGGUCUUCCGGAAUGAAGUUCAUCCUUCCAAGCCGUUCCAGGACCGGAAAAGCCUGUUUAGAUCAACACGUCAUCACAGACAGUGGUAGUAUCAAGUUAAAACAACGGUGUCAUUUUUGUUCUCAUCUUUCAUACCGAAUAUCUUCUGGAUUCGAAUUAACAUUUGCUAAUUCUAUAUUUGGACACCAGAUACAUACAUGGCAUAUUUGUUCAUUAGCUAAUAAUAUUCAUCGCGAUAUGAAUCCACAAGCUGGAGAAAACAAAAAAAUAUGGAAACAUUGUGAUCACUAUCCAAAAAUACUACUGGGAACAAGGAUCGAACAAAUCAUUGGAAAACCUCAGGACUGUUGCUAUUCAUCGUUAGAAUACCUGCGUUAUACCUGUUGAUAAUCAUCGUCAGUUCAUCGUCAGGACACCUACGUCAAACCUGUUGAUAUUCAUUGUCAGUUCAUCGUCAGGACACCUACGUCAAACAUGUUGAUAUUCAUCGUCAGAACACCUACGUCAGACUUGUUCAUGUUCAUCGUCAGAACACCUACGUCAGAUCUGUUGAUAUUCAUCGUUAGGACACCUACGUCAGAUCUGUUCAUGUUCAUCGUCAAAACACCCACGUCAGACCUGUUGAUAUUCAUCGUCAGAACACCUACGUCAGAACCGUUCAUAUUCAUCGUCAUUUUGAUCUCGGAAGGCCUUCCUAUCUAUCAGGAUUCGUCUGCGCCGCAUAAUUUGAAGGCCAGGCAUUUUCCGCAUAACAGAAACAAGUUUCCUUGAGUGUUGCUUCACCUUAUAAAAGACGCAGUUGCAUAUUUAAAUGUUUUAAAAUUUCGUCCUAAUAUGGUUUCAACUUUAUUUUUGUCUGAAGCGCAUUGCCAAUAGUUACAUGAUGGCCUUGUUAUGACGCCCGUUAUUGAAAUCCAAAAUCAACUCAUUUCCGUGUCUGUAAUACAUAGAUUUCAUCACCUAGCUAGAUUAAUACACAUUGUAAUUGAGUUGUAUAGGAAUAACUUAUUAUGAUCGUUUUGUAUAUAUUUCGGAUAUUCUUCAGCUGUUAAUUAAGGAGACGAUAGCUUUUCAAUUUUAACAAUGUACAUUUUCACAAAUUAACCGAUUUAUAUUAUUAUACUCGAUUUUAUUAUCACAUAAUUAAACUUAGAAAAUAUGUGCAUGUAAUCAUCCUUUGUAAAUGGAUAGAAAACGUCCAAACUUAAACUUUUUGAUACGUUACGCCUUAUCUUGUAUAUCUAUAUACAUUGAGCUGAACUAUCCUCAAUGAAUUAUUCCACAGUGUAACAUAAAACACAGUGAGGUGAUAAUAUGAUCAUUCUCCCGAUAACACCAAUAACACCAACUGUAUGAAGUGUUUGGUUUAUAUAUAUAUCAUAAGUUUUUAAGAAGUUUGUAUAAAUGAUAAUAUUUCGAGUAUUAUACCUUUUCAUUCGUUUGAGAAUGUAAGCGGCCCUGUAGCCUUUUCCUGUAUAGCAUUGUUUGGUAAUAUACCCACACGUAACAUAAUACGUCACGUAAUAUGUCACGUGUAAUACUGUCUAUUACGACGGCGGAUACACAGCAGUCUGAUGUUUUCUGGUCAAUUAUACACACGUGGGGUUGAUUGGUCUUCUGAAGAUCAAUUAUGUAAUCUUAGAAAUGUAUCAUACUGUCAAUUAAAUGACGUUUUCACUCAAA